AUGUGUGAUAACGCCACUGAAAAGUUGAUUGUGAGUAGAUUGUGGUUAGUCGGAAUAAUUGGAACGUCACUGGCAAUGUUUGGAGUGAUAUCAAAUGCACUGCUGGCUGUUCUCUUCUUAUCUCAUUUGAAUUAUCGCAAUUCACCGUUCUUCUUCCUUGGAUUUGUUGCAUUUUACGAUACACUUCUCGAUUUCACGUAUAUCAUUCUACUGCCUAUACCGACUAUAGCCGAAUAUCUGGAUGAUUUGCCGAUGUAUCAUUUCUGGCUGGAGUACGUUAGACCUGGAUAUUUCCUUGGUCAAAUUUCGAAAAUCUCUUCGGUAUUAUGCCUUAUCGUUGCAUCAUUCGAACGUUACUUUAUCACCAAACACUGGACAUUCACUGGAUUUGAGCAGCGCACACGAUGGCUCAUCCUUAUUUUUGUUGUUCUUCUGGCCAUCUCGGUGAAACUCACCACAUUUACGAUGAGUGCUUUCCGAGACGAGUAUAUUUCGUCCUCUGCCAAUCGAAUUAUACUCAUGUUUACUGUGAGAUCAGCAUUGAGCAGUUUUUACGCUGAAAUACACCAAGGUGGAUGUGCUGCUGCUUUAAGAAGGUGUUUUUUGAAGGAUAUUACAAUUGUGAAAAUGCCGAUGUGUGAUCGAUUUCGAAAAUAUAAAGUGGGCAAUCUCAGCGACGAUGUUCUGAUGUCGGGAAUUUUCAAUAUUGUCACAAUUUUUUUGCCUUUUAUAACGCUCGUCUUCUUGAACGGCGGUAUUGUUAUGAUGCUGAACAAGCAACACAUACAGGAACUUCGCUCACUUAUAACGGAAUUGGCGAUGGGACCAGAUAUAAUGAGAAUGAGGCGACGUACAAUUCGAACGGCAACAAACACUCUUAUCGUAAUUAUAAGCGCCUAUUUGAUCAGUAAUUUACUCAACAUGAUGAUCACACUUUGUGAAUUCCUCCGGCCUGAUUUUUUACAUCGAGAUCAUCGACAGCUCUAUCGAAUCACAAGUGAUAUGGCAUCAGUAUUGACGGUUCUCGGUAAUUUGAUUCGAUGUCCAGCGCAUUUGAUCUCAAGUAAAGAAUUGCGUGAGCAGUUCAAAUUGAUGUUAUUCGGUGAAAAUAAAGUUGGUUAUUUGCAUGCACUCAUCCAUUUCAUUUUCUAUCUUAAACAAACACGACUGGGAAUGCAGUGA